GCUGUAAACACAUGUGACAUCUUAAACUGCCCCAACGGAUUCAGAUGCUGUCACAAUAAAUGCUGCCUGGAAACACAGGUCUGGAAUCCUGAAAAUGAACCCUUCAGGAUCAUGUUGGUCAUCUUAUUGAUCAUGCUCCCCCUCUUAUGCAUCUGUGGCCUAGUGAGGCACUUCUGUCCCAACUGCAGAAAACAACAGCGUGAAGUCAGAACAACAGAUCAUCAGACAACUCCAGAACCGCCCUCCAGUGCUCCCCUAGAGAGCAUUUGGGUCACCUCCAUGGAUCCCCCACCACCCUACAGUCAGGUUGUUCUGAAAUCAACUCCCACAGAACCACCUCCUCCCUACAGCCUCAGGCCUGAGGGCUCUGCUGUCCAGAUAAGAGGGACUGGCUAUGAUACGCUUUGA